GCUGAGGGCCGGGAGAGACCAGCCACCCCAGCCCCAAGGCUGCUGCCACCGCCGCCGCCAUGGGAGUGGAAGUGGAGACCAUCACGCCGGGAGACGGAAGGACAUUCCCAAAGAAAGGCCAGACAUGUGUAGUCCAUUACACAGGGAUGCUACAAAAUGGAAAGAAGUUUGAUUCCUCCAGAGAUCGAAACAAGCCCUUCAGGUUCAAGAUUGGUAGACAAGAAGUCAUUAAAGGAUUUGAGGAGGGAGCUACACAGAUGAGCCUGGGACAAAGAGCAAAGCUAACCUGUACACCUGACAUGGCAUAUGGAACCACAGGACAUCCUGGAGUCAUCCCACCAAAUGCUACUCUAAUUUUUGAUGUGGAGCUGCUUAGAAUAGAGUAAAAUGGUGUGACUAACUGAAAGCAUCUGUUCAACACCACCCAUGCUUUCCCCCUUUCCUUUCAAUGGAACCACUUUCAAAUUUCUGGCAUCUUUACUCAACAUAUCAUCCUAACAAUGCCUGUCUUGAAGUUGUAUUUCUAUUUCCUCUCCCACCUUUUUUUAAAAAUGUGGUUAUUGGUGCAUUUGUCUUUCUUUAGAUGGUUCCUUGCAAUGGAGAUGGGGGGGAAUGGCUGUAACAUUUUUCAGUUGUAUAUUUUAUUUUGAUUUGCAUGUAAAGCUUCAAAAUUGUGAUUAAAACUAUAUAUACAUACAUAUAUAUAUAUAUAUACACUAUAAAUAGAGAUGACUGAUUGAAAAACCACUGCCUUACUAUACACUUAAAAAAAUAAAACAUACCAGGGUGCUCUGACAGCAGGUGUACAUCUUGUACACAUGUGGGCAUUAGCCAAACCAAGUUACCUGCGCUGCCACUUUUUCUUCAACUUGUAUGUUCUGCUUGCUGCUGUUUUAAAGAAAAUGUCUCAUAUGAAAACUUUUCAAGAAAAAUAAAAGCUUGAUACUUCA